AGUUUACCAAGGAAACUGUCAGGGAGUGCAUUUUGUGAUCUUUUAAGUGCAGAUAUUUAAAUAAUCAGUCUACUAAGAUAUCAGUUCACAAUAUUUACAGUGAUCCACAUAGUCCCAAGGAACAGAACCAGUUCACUCUUGAUGAAUUACAUGCAAUCAGAGCAAUGCUAAAGCAGCGGCAGCAGCACCAAGAUAAGAAGGCAGGCUCAACACCCUUGGUUGUAAAUCCAAGUAAGAAGGCUUCUAGGAAGAAGAGGAAACAGGAGAAGAAACCUGAAGGUCCAAUAGGCCUGAUGUCUGAUGACAGUGACAGUGACAGUGACAGUGAUGAAGAUAUUGAUAUUGAAAUUGGUGCACGUAAAUCAUCAGCAGAAGAUGUGAAGCCAGCCUCAGCAGAUUUAGCAGCCACUACAGUUGAGAAAAGUGAUACAGGCUUUACAAAAAUGAAUAAAAAGAAGGGAGAAAAAAGCAAAGAUGAGGCUGCUUCUCCAAAUAAACCUGAAGACUUAUCACCACUGGAGCUGUUUAUGGCAUCUGGUUUUGACCUCUCACAAAUUGCUGAUCUGAGUAUGAAUGAGAAAGUGAACGACAUGAUGUUGAUAGCAAAGGAAGAUGGAAACAUUGUACCGUGCCAACCAAACACAGUGGGAGAGCUGAUUGAAUUCAAACGAAAAUAUCCCAAUGCGCAGGCUAUCAUUGUGAAGACUUCAGAAUAAAAGUGAAUAGUAUUUUACAAGAGCAGAUGGAAUAUAAUGUUACUGGAAGUAAGUUCUGAAGACACAUAAGCAGCACUGAGCAAUCUUGCAAUCUGUAAGUAAAGAGGGAUUAUCUGUGGCCAAGAUCUUGUAUGUGCCUUUUACGUAGUUUUCACAAUUUGUGUGUGUGUGGCCAUAGACAGUAUGGAUUUAUUGAGUACUUGUUUACGCCACUCAGAACUACAAAUUGAAGUGCCACUGCUUAUCUCCACAAUUUCACAUAUCACCAAGUUUUUUCCAGUUUGCUGUGUCUUCAACAGCCGUUUCCUAGGAAUAGAUUCUAACAGUGGAGAUUCUUCAGCCACUUCAUUUCACUUCCUUCCACUCCACUCACCAACUCUAAAGUGCACUUAGCCUGCCUGGGGUCCUCGCUAUAUAGCCUCAGGACGGACCCAACAGAAACCACAACUACCACCACCACCACCAACAACAACAACAGCAGCAAAUGGUCACUCUAUUGUUACGGGCAGUUGCCUAGCAAUAGCACUGAGAUUGUUGAUGUUUACUGGCUGUUAGCAAGCAGUGCAUGUUUCCUUCUUGCUGUCAUUGUAUAGCAACUUUACUACAUGUUAUAAUAUAUGAAUAUGUAUCUAUAAUUUUUAUCUUUUAUAUUCCUUGCAUGUUGGGUUUUAGAUAGGGAUAUGUUAGCAUAGCUUAUAUAUGUCUUAUAAGUAAUUCAAUGCCAUAACUGAACUUGGGAGCCAAAGUAGCUCUGUCAUGCAAUGAAUGGAUAUGGGCUGAACCACCAAGGUUUGAUUCCAGACAGGGUCAAUGAUUUCUCCCUGCAUCCUUUUCCAGACCACCCCUCCUCCUAACCAGCAGGCACUGGGGUUGCUUUCCCAGUGGUAAAGUGGCAAGGGCAUGAUGCUUACAGCUCACCUCCAUCCAGUGCCAAGGUUAAUAUGAAGAAUUGUUGGCUGAACUUUGAGUUUCAAUUAUUUCUAUUCAUUAAGCAUUUGAUUAACUGGUGCAAAUUGUUAGGGAGAAUGCAAGUCUGGAGACCAGGGGCCUGAUAAGUAACAGAACACAUUUGUCUUUUACAUCGUGUUUACUACCACUCCAGAUGUUCUCUUUCCUUUGAUAUAAAACAAAUGGUUUAAUCAUAGAAAAAUUCUGUUAUUAAAUUUAAUUGAAUGUGAUGUAUUUUGUGGACAGUUUUCAACAAAAGAAAAAACUAAUUCUUUCAUUGGCUUUGUGAACCUUGGCCUCCUUCAUGGCAAGUGCCCUUUCUGCUCUUUUAUUGACCUUGAUCUGACUUUGAACAAUCAUAAAUCAUUCUCUAUGUCUUUCAGUCAUUUCAGUCUGGAAAUAAAUUCAGUGCCAAGUAUAUUAAUGUGGGAUAUUUAAAGAUAAUUUUGUUAAUUGUACAGUUUAACAUGUUUGAAAAGUAAAUAUGUGGACUUCGUGUGAGCCCAGUCAAGUGAACAAGUUAACUCAUGGAGUUGAGACCUUAAGAAGCUGCCAGUUGUGCAGCUACUCUAGAAAUUCCCAACAUUUUAUGGAACUUAACACGUUCAUUACUGUGUU